GUUUGGCUGUUAGUUAAAGGAUCAAAGGAAAACCCUGGAAAAUAAUCGCUGGAGAAAUCCGGAAAAUACGAAGAGGAGUUUACUCUAGUUACAGACAACUAAAAUUACUCAACACCCCCUUUUUAUAUAUUGGUAAGGAAAGGCAGAGAUCUAACAAGAAGAGAUACGUUUGAACUAAGGGGAUCAUAAAUUACCACAAGGGAGGAUGUACAUUUCACCAUUUGCCUCAUCAGGCAAAACUAAUACUCCAAGGGAGUAUACCAACAGAGCCAGGGAUGAGAUUAACAAGACAUUACGGCUCAACAGCACCACAACUUCACGGCAUGGGCCUUCUCCGUUACAACGCGUGAUGUCUACAGCAUCGGAUUCAUCGUUGACAAGAACGAUGUCCAAUGAAUCCGUAGAUACGAUAACGACGGAAAAACGUAAGAGUGGGUUCUUUGGGCGCCUGCGGCUCAGAAAAGACAAACAAGAAGAUCAGACAUCAACACUACAACAGCUACAACAACAUUUACAUGAGAGUUCAGAACAAUUAGAGAGUAUAGAUACGGAUUCUGUGAUGAGUUAUGACAAUACCUCAACAACUUCGUUGUCUGAGAGCGACUCACUCCUGGGAGAUGAUCGGAUGGAUGUUGAUAUGCAGCAAAUCUAUACAGUACCGUCUAUAGCCUCUACAACGAUGUCUAUGGCUACAGAAUCAACAGCCCCGGAUUCGUUAUUCAGUGCUGCAAAUACUCUCGGUACGACUUUUACCAAUGUCUCGUCGCAGGUGGAUUACCAGCCGUACCAAAAGGGAGUUGCACUAACGUUACAAGAGGCUAUUCCAACAUCCUUUGCCGAUAUGUAUUCCCCAGAGUUGAUGGCUGAUCCAAAAAUGUUAUGCGAUGGAAGACCAUUAUUCACCAAACGCGCGUUACAAGACUGGGAGUUGAACGAUAUUCGUUCCCUUUUAAUUGUGGAGAGUCUUAAACCUGAAUGGGGAAAUCAACUACCAAUUAUUUAUUCACCACCAGGUUUCAAAUUUGAGUUUUUACCAUUGGAUGCUGAUGAUAGCACGGUGGUGCGUACUCUAGUACAGAGCGAUAUCUACAGAGAGGCCAAGUUGGAUACUGCGUUUAGAGAACAGACAGCAAAGUAUACUUUGAGCGCUGCAAGAAUGAGACACGAACAGAUUGUUAGGGCAUCUGGCAUGCCAACAUCGACGCACACACCACGCUGCCUAUCCAAACCGGAAUGGCGUAAUGUCAUUGAAAACUACCUGUUGAACCUCGCAGUUGAAGCACAGUGCCGCUACGAUUUCAAAAAAGUCUGCCAUGAGGCAAAGAAGUGGAAACGUCAGCAGCAGGCACAGAACUUGGGAUUACCAUCACCGAAAUUUGUCAACCCAAACAAAGGCUCACUUUUGAAGAAGGCCAUCAUGAACGAUGUUUCCCAAUCGUCUCCACAACAGGCCGUUGUAAAGCUGACAAAGGAGGAAAAGGCCCAGCUGUGGACCGAGGUUCAAGAGAAAGUUUACAGACGUAUUGGACUUGAUUGGACUCCAGACAAGAUCACCGCUUAAGCGUUUAAUUUAUUUAUAUUCAGAAAGAAUUAAUGACCAUCGUUACGA